AUGUCUGCCAACCUAAGUUCUUCUGCGCCUACUACUGCAGCAAUACCCAAGUUGAACGCUACCAUAACAAAGUCAAGUUCCAGCCGAAUAAGUUCAAAUGAUUCGAACAGCAACAUCGCUUCUGCUACAGAGCUCACAUUUAGCUCAAGCCAAACCAGUCCCAUUAGCUCGAAAAAUGUCACUUCUGCUACAGAACUCACCCCAGGCUCUAGCUAUAUCGAUUCCAGUACCUCCACCACCUUUGGCGAAUCCAAUUCUAUCACAGAACUCGCUUCAAGCUCUAGUCAAAUCAACUCAUACAGCUCCAAUAGUUCCACAAGUUUCAUACCUACCACAGCGACUGAUGCUAGCUUUAUUCAAACAGGAAUGACAACCUCUAGCAACUCCUUUUCUGUCGCAUGGACCACACCAACCUCGUUUUCUACUGUGACAGUGUCGAGAAAUUCGAGUUCUACUGGCCCUAUAUCAUCAUUGUUGUCAUCCUCAAUAUGGAUACCUGGAACAGGCAUGCUGCCAUUUCCAACCACGACAGGAUCUUCGCUUUCACAAGCACCGCUUACGUUCAGUGGUACGUGGACCGAUUUAUCGACUACAGCUGCGUCGUUCGUCUGGUUUGAUAUCCCAACAGCCACAAUUGCAGACACCACAGCAACGUCCGAAGCGGCACUGCUUGGAAACUUAUUCUUUGCUCUUCAGGCGAACAGACAUUUGCUCACAGAUCCCAAGCUAAAGUCUCAAUUUCUUGACGAUGUGGAGAAAACAAAAGACGAGGCUCUUGCUUUAUUCAAUGACUUGGAUGUCAAGAUCCCGAGCCAGAUUGUUCAAACACAAGAAAGAGAAAGAGGAAUGCGAUAUCAGAGAAGCAAUUGA